CUGAGGCCCAUAGACAGAGAGCGGCUCUGGGCGGCGCGGGCGGCCGGUGCACUCCGGAAGCCGCAGGAACAAGGAGCCGUGCGCAGGACCCACCGGCCACAGGCCCGUGAGGGCUCAGGGCUCCGGCGAGCCUGGCACUCGGGCUGCCCACAGCGAGAGUGCAGCUGAGGUGAAGUUUCCUUCCUUAUGGGCCUAGGGCCCCUCAAACACCCACGUCAGUUCUUUUGAGACCUUUAGUAAGGUGCCAGGAUGAGGAGCCGGAGUAACUCUGGGGUGCGACUGGACGGCUAUGCUCGGCUGGUGCAACAGACCAUCCUGUGCCACCAGAAUCCAGUGACGGGGUUGCUUCCGGCCAGCUAUGACCAGAAAGAUGCUUGGGUCCGAGAUAACGUGUACAGCAUUUUGGCUGUGUGGGGUUUGGGCCUGGCCUACCGGAAGAAUGCAGACCGCGAUGAGGAUAAAGCAAAGGCCUAUGAACUGGAGCAGAGUGUAGUGAAGCUGAUGAGGGGACUGUUGCACUGCAUGAUCAGACAGGUGGAUAAAGUAGAAUCGUUCAAGUAUAGUCAGAGUACUAAGGAUAGCCUCCAUGCCAAGUACAACACCAAAACCUGUGCCACUGUAGUGGGUGAUGAUCAAUGGGGUCAUCUGCAGUUGGAUGCUACCUCUGUGUACUUGCUGUUCUUAGCACAGAUGACUGCCUCAGGACUCCAUAUCAUCCACAGCCUAGAUGAAGUCAAUUUCAUUCAGAAUCUUGUGUUUUAUAUUGAAUCUGCAUAUAAAACUGCUGAUUUUGGUAUAUGGGAACGUGGAGACAAGACCAACCAAGGGAUCUCAGAAUUGAAUGCCAGUUCAGUUGGAAUGGCAAAGGCAGCCCUGGAAGCAUUAGAUGAACUUGACCUGUUUGGUGUGAAAGGUGGGCCCCAGUCAGUUAUCCAUGUCAUGGCUGAUGAAGUACAACACUGCCAGUCUAUCCUUAAUUCACUACUGCCCCGGGCCUCAACAUCCAAAGAAGUUGAUGCUAGUCUACUUUCAGUGGUUUCCUUCCCAGCCUUUGCAGUAGAGGAUAGGAAGUUGGUAGAGAUCACAAAACAAGAGAUCAUCACCAAGCUUCAGGGUCGUUAUGGUUGCUGCCGUUUUCUCCGAGAUGGAUAUAAAACCCCUAAAGAGGAUCCCAAUCGUUUAUACUACGAACCAGCUGAGCUGAAGCUAUUUGAGAAUAUUGAGUGUGAAUGGCCAUUGUUCUGGACUUACUUUAUCCUUGAUGGUAUCUUCAGUGGCAAUGCAGAACAGGUUCAAGAGUAUAGAGAGGCUCUUGAAGCAGUGCUCAUCAAGGGUAAAAAUGGAGUCCCCCUUCUGCCAGAGCUAUACAGUGUUCCUGCUGACAAGGUUGAUGAAGAAUAUCAGAAUCCUCACACUGUGGACCGAGUCCCCAUGGGGAAGUUGCCUCACAUGUGGGGUCAGUCUCUAUACAUUUUAGGAAGUUUGAUGGCAGAGGGAUUUUUAGCUCCUGGAGAAAUUGAUCCCCUAAAUCGUAGAUUUUCUACAGUACCUAAACCAGAUGUUGUGGUUCAAGUCUCCAUUCUAGCCGAAACAGAAGAAAUUAAGGCCAUUUUGAAGGACAAAGGAAUUGAUGUGGAGACCAUUGCUGAGGUGUACCCCAUCAGAGUACAGCCAGCCCGUAUUCUCAGCCACAUUUAUUCCAGCCUUGGAUGCAAUAGUAGAAUGAAGCUCAGUGGACGACCCUACAGACACAUGGGAGUGCUUGGAACUUCAAAGCUCUAUGACAUUCGGAAAACCAUCUUUACUUUCACUCCACAGUUUAUAGACCAGCAACAGUUCUACUUGGCACUGGACAACAAGAUGAUAGUGGAAAUGCUUAGAACAGACCUCUCCUACCUCUGUAGCCGCUGGAGGAUGACAGGUCAACCCACCAUCACCUUCCCCAUCUCACAGACCAUGCUAGAUGAAGAUGGAACCAGCUUGAAUUCAAGUAUCUUGGCAGCACUACGAAAAAUGCAGGAUGGCUAUUUUGGUGGGGCAAGGAUCCAAACAGGUAAAUUAUCAGAAUUUUUGACAACAUCUUGCUGUACACACUUGAGCUUCAUGGACCCCGGACCUGAGGGUAACCUAUACAGUGAAGAUUAUGAUGACAACUGUGAUGAGCUGGAAUCAGGUGACUGGAUGGAAGAUUACAAUCCAACCAGUACUGCUCGCUGUGCUGAUGAAGUUACUCGUUAUUUAGAUCACCUUUUGGCACACACUGGUCCCCAUCCUAAACUAUCACCUGCCUCACAGAAGGGAGGGCUAAAUCGGUUCCGAGCCGCUGUGCAAACAACCUGCGACUUAAUGUCCUUGGUGACCAAGGCCAAGGAGCUGCAUGUACAGAAUGUUCACAUGUAUCUUCCUACAAAGAUAUUUCAGGGUUCUCGACCUUCACUCAACUUACUUGACUCAUCUCCUCCCCCACAGGAGGGCCAGGUGCCAGCUGUUCAUGUAGAGAUCCAUCUUCCUAGAGACCAGUCUGGGGAGGUGGACUUCCAAGCACUGGUCUUACAGCUGAAGGAGACCUCAAGCUUACAGGAGCAAGCUGAUAUCCUCUACAUGCUGUAUACUAUGAAAGGACCUGACUGGGAUACUGAAUUGUAUGAUGAAGGAAGUGCCACAGUCAGAGAGCUUCUUACUGAGCUAUAUGGCAAAGUUGGAAAAAUUCGUCACUGGGGCUUGAUACGAUACAUCUCUGCGAUCUUAAGAAAGAGGGUGGAAGCACUUGAUGAGGCCUGCACAGACCUUCUGUCACAUCAGAAACAUUUGACAGUGGGGCUCCCUCCAGAACCUCGAGAAAAGACCAUCUCUGCACCUCUGCCUUAUGAGACACUCACUCAGCUCAUAGAUGAAGCCAGUGAAGGUGACAUGAAUAUUUCAAUCCUUACACAGGAAAUAAUGGUAUAUCUAGCCAUGUAUAUGAGAACUCAGCCUGGCCUCUUUGCUGAAAUGUUCCGACUUCGAAUUGGCCUGAUCAUACAAGUUAUGGCAACAGAACUGGCCCACUCCCUUCGAUGCUCAGCUGAGGAAGCCACGGAGGGCCUGAUGAAUCUCAGUCCUUCAGCCAUGAAGAAUCUCCUACACCACAUUCUCAGUGGCAAGGAAUUUGGAGUGGAACGAAGUGUUCGUCCCACUGACUCAAAUGUCAGUCCUGCAAUUUCCAUUCAUGAGAUUGGUGCUGUUGGAGCAACCAAAACGGAACGAACUGGGAUCAUGCAGUUAAAAAGUGAGAUAAAGCAGGUGGAUUUUCGUAGACUGUCUGUCUCAACUGAGAGUCAGCCCAAUGGUGGUCAUCCACUGGGAGUAGAUUUGAUGUCACCAUCUUUUCUGUCACCCGGAACCUCCAUGACUACAAGUAGUGGAUCUCUUCCUAGUCUACCUGACCAACAGACAUCUAAAGAUAGCCGUCAAGGUCAAUGGCAACGGCGAAGAAGGCUGGAUGGAGCACUAAAUAGAGUCCCAAUUGGAUUUUAUCAGAAAGUGUGGAAAGUUUUACAGAAAUGUCAUGGACUUUCUGUGGAAGGUUUUGUUCUUCCCUCUUCAACCACUAGAGAGAUGACUCCAGGAGAGAUUAAAUUCUCUGUUCAUGUGGAAUCUGUCCUGAAUCGUGUGCCUCAGCCAGAGUACCGCCAGCUUCUGGUUGAAGCCAUCCUUGUUCUCACCAUGCUGGCAGAUAUUGAAAUUCAUAGCAUUGGAAGCAUCAUCGCUGUGGAAAAAAUAGUGCAUAUUGCCAAUGACCUGUUCCUUCAAGAACAGAAAACCCUUGGCGCAGAUGAUAUCAUGUUGGCAAAGGAUCCCGCAUCUGGCAUCUGUACUCUUCUGUAUGACAGUGCACCCAGUGGCAGGUUUGGCACCAUGACCUACCUCUCCAAGGCAGCCGCCACCUACGUGCAAGAAUUCCUGCCCCAUAGCAUCUGUGCCAUGCAAUGAAGGCCUUGGGUCCUGGCUUUUGAAAGAGCCUUAGAAAGUUGUUGUUGAUUGUGCAUGGACAUGAAAUGUUACCACCUAAUCACUCCCACUCUGCCUCUUUCCUCUAUCCCAUUCCUCCUGAGAAGAGAGAACGUCUCCAGUAAGCUAACUGCUUUAUAAGAAGUGAACACUACUCUAAGAGCUCUCUUCCAAUGUGUGGAUGUUCAACCAUGCCUAUCUUAGCAGCUUGACUUCUCUCAUGGUUCAUAAAAGUUUGCAUGUGUUUUUAUUCUCUAGACCUGUUACCAACUUAGUUUUCUAACUCCUGUUUGGGGAGCAGGUAUUAAUAAUAAUUUAUUC